AUUUUUAUUAGUGAUUAUUUAGGAUUAUAUCAACUUGCAAAAUCUUUUUUAAAAGAAAAUGCUAUUUAUGGAGUUUUACCAUUUAUAGCACCCGAAAUUUUAAGAGGUCAAUCUUAUACUCAAGCUAGUGAUAUAUAUAGUUUUUCUAUAAUUAUGUGGGAAUUUACAUCUGAAAUUCCACCAUUUAAUGAUAAAGCACAUGAUCUUCAACUUGCUUCAGGUAUUUGUAUAGGUGGACGUCCUGAAAUUAUUGAAAAUACUCCACAAUGUUAUAUAGAUUUAAUGGAAAAAUGCUGGGAUGAAGAUCCAUUAAAAAGACCAUCUUCUAAAGAAAUUUUAAAUAUCAUUGAAAAUUGGAUUUUUCUUCCUGAUAAUAAA